AUGGAAGCGGGGGCUGCACCUCGCAAUAUAAACCCUCUCCAUCAGUACUCCAGGUCGCGGAAACCACUACGAUGGGCCAUAUGCAUAGUCCUCGGUACGCUGGCUAUCCUAGCCCUGACAGGACAGAGUUAUGGACCUGACCCUAUACGACGAACGUCGUCCGGGGCCAAGGCCAAAUACCUCACUCCGGCCAAGUUGAUGGAGCGGCCCAUCUCGAAAGACCUCCAGACGGUGCCCAAGCUAUUCCACCAGAGCUGGUCGUCGAACGAGCUGCCGGCCAAAUUCCAGCGGUGGAGCACGUCAUGCCGGCAACAACACCCAGACUGGGAGUAUAUCUUGUGGACGGACGAGGAUAAUGAAAAGCUGGUGGCAACGCAUUUCCCGUGGCUACUAUCGACAUACCAGGCGCUCCCUGGCGUCAUAUACAAAGCAGACCUGGCGCGCAAUUUGUACAUGUACAUGUUUGGAGGUGUUUAUGCAGAUCUCGACGUCGAAUGCCUCCGGCCGUCAGAUGAGCUGUUCAAGAGGUACAACGUAUCGACAGUGUCCCAUGCGAAACCCAGACCGAUGUCGACGUACAACCUCCAGAAGAACGGCCGAAAGGCCUUCUUUGGAAGAAUGGGUGUGGACACGGAAGAAGCAAACUCGAUUCCGAACGCAUGGAUGGCUUCGACACCGGGCCACCCUUUCUUUCUCAUUGUUCUCGAGCACGUCAUGAGGACCAUGCACGAGGGCACAAGUGAUGAGGGGCCAGAAGACACGACUGGGCCCGCGCUGCUCUUCAACAAGAUCAACGAGUACCUGGCCGAGGACGGCAAGUUCCGAGGGGAGAAUAUGGACAAAUGGGUGUCCAAGAACCCGACGGCGAAACAGUUCACCCCCCGAAGGGGUCUGGGCCACUCGGUCGAAGUCCUUCCCUUCCAAUACAUCUUUCCAUACUCGUGGCAGCGAGAUGGCGAGGCCGUGCGGGACGUCUGCUGGGCGACGAGACGAUCCUUUUCAGCCGAACGAUGUAAAUUGCUCUUGGCCACGGAUCACUGGCCCAGCUACGCCAUCACGUACUGGAGUCACACUUGGGCUGGAGAAGGGCAUGACGAGGGUAAUGUCGACCAUCUGAAUUUUGAUGAAGAGAAGGAGCAGCAACACUGA